AUGCGCGAGGUUGUGCACCCCCUGCUGCGCAUCUUGGACUCGCCGUCCCCGCAGAGCUUGAAGGACGCGUCGGUGGAUUCGCUGAGCCUUCUGCGCGGCGCAUUCGACGAGGCCUUCGCCGUCUUCGCCCCGCAGGUCCGCCGCGUGCUGGCGCGGCAGGACCCUCCCGCCGCCCUGGGCGACGAGGAGCACCUGGCGAGGGCCCGAGCGGCCUGGCCCCGGGCGCUGGGGAGAGGCGAGGCGGUGGCGGACGACGCUGCCUCUUCGUUCGAGGCCCCGCACUCGUCGUUCGACGUUGCCCAGCCGAACCAGCACAGCCUGAGGCUGGCCUGGGAGGCCUCGCACCCGAAGACCAAG